UCAAAGCUCAAAUCCGGCUCAUUUACACUUCCUCGGUGCCUCAGUUCACCAACUCCCCCACCAUGAUAGUGAUGGUGGGACUCCCGGCCAGAGGAAAGACCUACAUCUCUAAAAAACUCACCAGAUACCUGAACUGGAUCGGAGUUACAACGAAAGUGUUUAAUGUGGGUCAGUACAGAAGAGAUGCGACGCGCUCCUACAACAGCUUCGAGUUCUUCAGACCGGACAACGAGGAGGCCAUGAAGAUACGCAAGUCCUGUGCCAUCGCUGCUCUGAAAGACGUCUGUGAUUACUUCACCAGAGAGCUGGGGCAGGUCGUGGUUUUUGAUGCCACCAACACGACGCUGGAGCGCAGAGAGGUCAUCCUCGGCUUCGCUAAGGAGAACGGUUACAAGGUCUUCUUUGUGGAGUCAAUAUGUGACGACCUAGAAAUCAUCGCUCAGAAUAUUAAAGUGAGUGAAAUGUGA